AUGCAGAGCUCAAACGGUUUCAUGCUUGACCGAAUGAAGGCGAUUGCCAGGUCAUAUGUUUAUUGGCCAACUCUCGACAGCGACAUUGUUGAUUUCGUCAAAUCCUGCCGUCAAUGUGCGAUGGCUGCGAAAACACCGCCGAAGUCAGCGCUGUUGUCAUGGCCUAAAUCAUCGAAACCGUGGCAGUGCGUUCACCUUGAUUAUGCUGGACCGAUCGACGGGGAAUACUACCUGGUUGUCGUAGACUCUUUCUCGAAAUGGCCUGAAAUUGUGCAGACGAGAAGUAUCACUACAGCCGCCACAGUGCAAAUCCUCAGAGAUCUGUUCGCUCGCUUGGGAAUGCCAGAGACGCUGGUGAGUGAUAAUGGAUCCCAAUUCACCAGUGCAGAGUUUCAAUCGUACUGUACGAACAACGGCAUCGAGCAUCUUACAACAGCACCGUUCCACCCUCAAUCGAACGGUCAAGCCGAGCGAUUCGUGGAUACGUUUAAACGAUCGAUUAAAAAGAUUAAGGAGGGGAGAGCGACAAUGUGUGAUGCUCUCAGUACAUUUCUUCAGACUUACCGGAGUACACCUUGUUUUUCUUCUCCAGACGGCAAAUCACCAGCAGAAGUUUUGUUCGGUCGUCCGAUUCGUACUAGUUUGGACCUGCUCCGUCCACCAUCCGAUCGUGUACAUUUGGAACAAUCGAGUGAAAUUCAUCCCUUAAAGCGACAAUUCAUCGUUAAGGAUACGGUGUAUGCAAAAGUAUUCGUCAAGAACCAAUGGCACUGGGUUUCAGGAACAGUUUUGGAACGUGUAGGUCGUGCAAUGUACAACGUUCAGCUCGAGAAUGGUAAGCUUAUUCGGUCCCACGUUAACCAGCUUCGAAAUCGUGCUGAUUCAGAGAGUCGCAGAGAACCAGCAUUGACGGAUAGAACGAAACAUCCUCUCAGCAUUCUACUCGAUGCUUGGAACCUUCCGGCCCGUUGCACACCAGAUCCAUUAGCACAUUCAACACCAGUAGCACCCAUUCCAAGCUGCUCUAGUUCGAGACAGUCGUCAGUACCGAAUACCUUGUUGAGAAGGCCCACAUUGUCAUCGGAGUCUUCGUUGUCAGCAUCGUCUCCGUCAUCUUCGACAACGCCAAAUUCAACAUCAGAAUUUCAGUCUGCUAAUGAUGCCGACUCAGCUGUACAGGUUCCUCGCCGCUCUUCGCGUGUACGAAGAGCUCCGCAAUGGUUCGAUCCCUAUCAGCUGUAUUUGAAGGGGAGAUGUUGGAGACGUGACCAUCCCUACAACCCAAUAGUAAUUGCUGGGCUCACUGGUGGCAGCCCGACUGUCACUCAGUUGAUGCACCGACCAGCAUCCGGUCUAUGUGUCAGGAUCAGAAUGUAA